AUGCUUUCCCAAAUCGAAACGAUACCAGAUAUUAAGGCACUGAAAAAGGAUGUUGUGAAGCUAUUUGAAAAUUUAUAUAAAUAUGAUGAUGGGGCCAAUUUCUUUGAUGAUCAACAUCAAGGUCCUGUUUCAGCCACCUUAUCAGUUAUACUAGGGGACAGGAUAUUGGGUUUGGCAACAUUCUUUCUUGGGAUUGGAAUCCCUGGCAAUAGCAAGGAUUUAUAUCACCAAAUUGAUGCUUUAGACUGCUUAGAUCAAAACAGGAAAACUUGUGCAGGUGCUAUUAUGCUUACUGACCUUCUAUUUUGGUGCCUAUUACUCCCGUUUCAGUCUGGCGAUGGCUUCAAGCUUACCCUGUUGAUUGGUUGCAUGCACUCCCUGAAUGCUGUUUUUCUCAUCCUGGAUUCUGCUAUCAACAACCUAGUAAGUGACUGGAUCGCAUUCACCAAUUGGUACUUUGGCAUCGCUUUUGUUCACCUUCCAUGUUACGGACUAUAUGUUUGGCUUGUGAAAGUGAAAGCAUCGAUGCUAUCAAAAAUGUUUCUACAAGCAUUUAUAGUCCAACGUGUGGUUUUCGUUUACAAUCUACCAAGGAGAAAGAUCACACAACUCGAUGAUGCAAAAAGGGUAAUCCUGGGAAUAUCAAGACGGGCAAAUUUAUGGUUAGGUACAGUAUUGAUGAAUAAAGGUGCCCGAGUGAAUACAAAAAGACGGGUCGGACCCGUACCUGGUGUUGAUAUUGGUAAUGUUUUCUUUUUCUGA